AUGGGAGAAGAGAGCAACCCAACUGCACGGCCCCAGAAGCCUCAUCUCCAGGAGCGGAGCAGUGGAGAGCCACGCAGCCCAACAGACCCGGCCAGCCUGAAGAACUUGGUACGCGCCGAGCUGCAAUGGGACAUACCCAUGAGCGUUCCGCUGCCCAUCGAGGUCAUCAGCGCUGACCAGCCUUUCCCGUUCCUGGACACCACGCUAGCGGACCUCGGCAUCGAAGAGUCCGCGGUGAAGGAGCGAGUGGUGUGGGUGGACACCAAGCGGACCCAGGUGAAGAACAAGGCAGGCAAACUGAAGGAGAAGGAGAUCACCAUCCUGGAGGUGCGUGUCAAAGCCCAGGUCCCAGGGGAUAAAAAGACCCAGGAGGUCCUGUACAGCACUGAGUCUCAUACCGACCGCUCCUUCUGCCGAACCGGAAUGGACAUCCUGCCCUGGAAAGUCCACACAAAGACAGAGAAUAGCUUGCAGCCCAUGGAGAUGACCAUGGCCUUGGAAAUUGAGUCCCAGCCCAAACAGGAGAUUCGAGAGGUGUGAAGAAAACAAUUGGGAUUACCGCGGGCAACAGCAACAACCCCAAUAUUCAGUGCAACGGAUCAAGCAGCAGGCUUUUGGAUAAAAAAAAA